UUUCAUUGCUCACGUGCUCUCAACUAUGUAGGCUGACCUCAGUUUAUGAGUUUACCAAAUUUAUUUGAAAUCCUGUUGUUGAUUAUUAAGUAUUUUUAUGGUUUGAACUAAAUGGCCCAUUUUGCAUGUAUACGGUGUCGCAAGAUGACUUCACUUAUUUUCAUUUAACUGCAGUUUUACGGGAAAAGAAAAGCGCUCGACCCGGUGGCAUGAAAAGCAACAAAGGAACAGUGAUUUCCUUCCUACUCCGGUGUGAUCGACUUUUCCACGGAGGACUGCUCGCACCAUCAAGCAACAGGUAGUCCUUUUAGGGUUUAAACCUGAAAAGCCGACCUGCAGUGACUGCGGGCCGGAGGCCACCAUGGCAAGCGCUGAAGAUGCAAAUGGGAAAGUGAAUUUAUUAGAGGAUAACCGAAUAGACUCUGGUGUUGAAUCAUUCCAAUAUUUUACGAAAGAUGAUCCCUAUAACAACCCGGUACGGGAUUCGACUUCUGAAUCCAGUGAAGCCAGGGACAAAUGUAGCAGCAACACAGAGGAGCGGUUGGAUUCUGCUUAUGGCUCGUCGUCACUAACUGUUGAGAAUUUCAGUGAGAUAUUAAUAGAGGGCUGCAACAUUUCGGAGUCUGAAGAUGACAGUGCGAAGAAUACAGAAUUGGAACAUAAAGAGAACCUUCUCACCAACAUCACUGAAGAUGGAGACACACUCCUGCAUUUAGCCAUCAUCCAUGAAGAUGAACACUUCGCUCACCAAUUGAUACAGCUGUUCCCCAAAGAUGUCUUAGACAUUCAGAACAACUUGUACCAGGUACAGAAGACACAGCCACACCCCCUUCUCUUUACACCCUCAACGCGGACGCCGCUACACCUAGCCACCUACCUGAACCUUUCGUCGGUGGUGCGGGACCUGGUGGAGAGCGGGGCCAGCCUGGAGCUGCAGGACCAGGAGGGGAACACGCCACUCCACAUGGCCUGCGAACAGGGCUGGGUCGAGUGCGCUACUGAGAUGAUCCGGAAUGUCUCCUCCAGCAAGCUGGCCCCUGUGCUCGAGUCCCAGAACUGGAGAGGUCUUACCUCUCUCCACCUAGCCACUGUGAACAGGCAGCAUCGUCUGAUGAAGCUACUGAUGAAAAAAGGGGCAGACCUCAACAUCCAGGAAGGUACGAGCGGUAAAACACCUCUCCAUAUGGCAGUGGAGCUCCAUGACAUUGUCUCUAUGACGCUGCUAUUGAACAAGGGAGCCGAUGUGGACGUGCCGAUGUUUAACGGCUGCACACCACUUCACCUCGCCGUUGGCCGGCAGGACGCAGCCAUCGCCAACCUGCUCUGCCAAUCCGGGGCUGAUAAGAUGCUGAGGAACAUAGAGGAUGAGACGGCACUGGAUCUCGCUGGCGGCAAUGAUGAUAUCCUUGCUCUUUUCCCUUUUGAUGACAUCCAAAUCCAGGGCAGGUCAGUGGUUAGAGUACCAUUCUGACCGUGUACUUCUCUCACCACCUGAAUACUCUACAACAGGUGACAUUUGACCUCUUGAACAUCAUCAUGGAGCCUUGUCAGAAAAGUGUAGCUUUACAUCAAUCAUGUUUGUAAUUUGCUGUUUUAAAUGUGAUUUUUAAUUUACAUAAAUCUUUGCUGUAGGGUUAUUUAUCGUUGUUGUGUGGUGUGUGUGUGUAUGUCAGUGUGUGAACUCUUUAGACACUCACGUUGAAAGGUUAAUCUCUGCUAGCAAAGUGGUACACGGGUGUCUGUCAUAUAAUUUGAUGGUUGAUAACUGUUUUCAAAUGCAGGAAAAUGUAAUGUAGACUUAAAUGAAACAUUUUCUCAUACAGGGUAAAUGAUUUACUACCAAAACCUAGUGUAUGAAUAUGAGCAGAAAUAAUUAAAUUAAAAUGUUUAAUUUCCCUAUAAAGUACACAGGGAAUCUACCUCCUUUAUCACGUGUGUAUAAUAACUGAUUAUAGUGGGAAAUGUAGUUUCAACACAGAAAAUACAUUGCUGUCAUGCUAUAAAUGAACAUUGUUUCAGCUUGAAAAUGUUUUUCAAUUAUACUUCAGUCACUAAAUCUGUUAUGGAGAGAAGUUCUUCAUCAUAAUUUAAUAUCUUUCAUUGUAUGUUUCAGUUCGCGGUUUCUGCUUUGAAUGCAUUUUCUUUCCGCUAUUGGUAAGACACAAUCAUAACAGCUGUAUUUUCAAUACAGUAAAAUCUUCCCUAUUUUACCAUUGUUCUCCAUCUCUGAUAUAUCAGGUAUGAUCCUUGUUAUGGUGUACUGAGACUGGCUUGUUUAGAUGUUUUGCCUACACUUUCAAACUCUUAUAUUUUGUAAUAAAAUAAAUAAGAUUAUA